UGCUUCCAUACUGAAACACAAUAUCAAGACCAACAUGGAGAACAUGAAGGAUUGGCUGCAGACAGAUGACCUCCUAGUUGUGGACAGAGGAUUUAGGGAUUCCCUGGAGUUUCUGAGUGAACUCGGAAUAAAGUACCAGAUGCCAACAUUCCUUCAGAAAGGUCAAAAACAACACACAACAGAAGAGGCCAAUGCUUCUCGACUCGUUACAAAAAUACGAUGGAUAGUCGAGUCAGUAAAUGGAAGGUUGAAGCAGUGGCGAUAUCUUCAGAAUGUCAUGCCGAACACACAGAUACCAGCCAUCGGCGACUACGUGCGGCUUGUUGCAGCCCUGUGCAACCGCUACCGAACACCACUCAACACUGGCACAACUGAAGGUGACCAACUGGUAGCAGCUAAGAUGAAGGUUCUGGCGUCCAAGGGGAAUGCUCUUCAGCAGCGUGUCCAGGAGGAGAAUCUCGACACCCGAAAACACUCCUGGAAAUCUAUAGAUGUUGCCGAUGCUGUUGACCAGUUUCCCUCCAUGUCAGAAGAAGACAUCAGAAACCUGACUAUAGGAGUGUACCAAGUGAAGCUUGCUCGUUCUUACACAUCAGAGCACUUAAGCGAGGACGGCGACUACACAAUCAUGGUUAAUGAUGAGGUUAAUGGUAUGCUACGUGCCCGUAUUCAAAGUCGACACACCAGUGCGAAGAAAUAUCUUCUUUGGAUUGAGUACAGUCCCGCUGUUGUUUUAGGCUGGUUUUGUCAAUGCAAGACUGGAGCUCGAGUUGUCGGCACAUGCGCACAUGUGCAAAGUCUGGUCUGUUCUGGCUUACUGGCUGGAAACCAACAGGGAAACCUAGCAGCCAGGGACCUCGAUCCCAUCUGGGGUCGUUGA